GAGGGGGCUGACUCCGUCAGACGAAAUGAAACUGAAAUGAAAGUUCACUUCCUCAUUCAGUGCCUCAUGUGACAAGUCCCGAUUUCUUUUUAAACUCACUUGAGCAGGAGCCCUUUUCCUGACUGAAGUCUUUGGCAAGAGCCCACCUUGAGCAACCGGCCAUGGCAGCCCACGCGAGUCCCUUCAGGGUGCAGUGGCUGGUCUGGGUGCUCCUGGCCUGCCCCUUGGCGACGGCACAGCCGCAGAGAGACGCCACCCUGGAUCGCCACUGGCUCCUCUGGAAGAACACCUACGGCAAGCAGUACACGGGAAAGAAUGAGGAAGUAGCACGGCGUCUCAUUUGGGAAAAGAAUCUGAAAUAUGUGAUGCUUCACAAUCUGGAACAUUCGAUGGGAAUGCAUUCAUAUGACCUCGGCAUGAACCACCUGGCAGACAUGACCAGUGAAGAAGUGAUGACUUUGAUGAGUUCCUUGAAAGUCCCCCCCCAGUGGCAGAGGAAUGUCACGUACAAGUCCAUGCCUAAUCAGAAACUGCCUGAGUCUGUGGACUGGAGAGAGAAGGGCUGUGUGACUGAAGUGAAGUACCAGGGGGCGUGUGGUUCGUGCUGGGCGUUCAGUGCUGUGGGGGCCCUGGAGGCACAGCUGAAGCUGAAAACGGGGAAGCUGGUGUCGCUCAGCGCACAGAACCUGGUGGACUGCGCGACCCAAAAAUACAUGAACGAAGGCUGCAACGGAGGCUUCAUGACCGAGGCUUUCCAGUACGUCAUCGACAACAACGGCAUCGACUCGGACGCCUCCUACCCGUACAAGGCCGUGGAUGGGAAGUGCCAGUAUGACUCCAGAAAUCGAGCUGCCACGUGUUCAAAGUACACCAGACUUCCCUAUGGUGAUGAGGAGGCCUUGAAAGAAGCAGUGGCCAACAAAGGCCCGGUGUCUGUGGGCAUCGAUGCCACGCGUGCAUCCUUCUUCCUUUACAGAAGUGGUGUCUACGACGACCCGGCCUGUAAUGACACUGUGAACCACGGUGUGCUGGUGGUUGGCUACGGCAACCUCGAUGGGAAAGAUUACUGGCUUGUGAAAAACAGCUGGGGCACCACCUUUGGUGAGCAAGGAUAUAUUCGGAUGGCAAGAAAUAGUAAAAAUCACUGUGGGAUUGCUAGUUAUCCCUCUUACCCAGAAAUCUAGAAGAUCUCUUCUUUUUAUAACAAGACAAGAAAGAAGAAACACUUCACAAUUUAAUUUUACCUGCUGUUAUCAACAGAAACAAGUGUUGUGAUCGAUGUAUAUUUAGUGUACUAACAAAGUACAGUUUGGCUCUUGCACUUUUUUAAGUUUGCAGAUCUUGGAAAAUGUUUGGUGUGUAAAUUAACAACGUGCUAUAGAUAUAACUGCACAAGAACUUUUAAACCCAAGAUAAUCUGCCAUGUUCAUUGUCAUUGUCUAAACUUGCCCUGUGUUUUUUUAAGUCCCCUGAUAUCCUUUUGUAACUUGGUGGCUUAAUAAAUAUCUUUUCAACUUUAUAUCAUUACCACAUACUGCUCUUUC